GGCGUGAUGGGCAGUGUCAGACCUCCGGCGCGUGUUCGUGCAUUCCGAAAUAUAGAGCUGGAACGCUGCUGGCAGGGUACCGAGGAGGCCCGAGGAAUGCAGCCCACGACUACAAGUCCAGGGCGCCGCAAAGCCAUGGCUAAAGUCGGAAGAACAUCGCCAGCGGCGGGGUUGCGGAAGACCAUCCAUCUACCGGGGAUCGACGGUAUAGGCCAAAAAGUAUCGAUCAGGUGUAAUGUCUGCUGGGGUAAAGCGACCGAGAGAGAUAUGUAG